GUACUUUCCACACAGCCAGUUUCGCUGUUUUCCAUUUACCACUGCUGUCGUUCGACACGUCCUGAACUGUGCCGUCUCCACACACGGAUGACCGACUGGGGUAACGGCCUCGUCCGAGGACACUGUAAGCAACAAGUGAGGGCACCUGUCAGCGAGGCGGUGUAAAUCAUGUCUCCCGCUGUUAGGCAACCGCAACGCUUGCCAGGAUACGUGUGUGCGCUUGCUAAGAUGACGACAGUGAAAACGACAAAUCUUCAGCGCCUCCUGGCCUCCAGCCUUGUUCUCCAAGGUCUCGUGACGGUACUCGCGUGGGCUCCAGCGCAACCCACAGCUGGACCAUCGCCCGGAACUGCGACUUUACCUGUUAAUGAACCUUAUGGAGGACUGGGUUUCGUUCCGGCAGCAGGAGAGGAUCUGGACGACACAGAAGGUCAUCGUGCAAGUGUGUGUAAACACCUAAGCGGCGAAUAA